GGACAGGCGCCGUCCAAGUGAAAGUUACAUCAACGCUGUGUGGGUUGACAGCUACGACCGACGAUUUGGCUUUGUGGUGACCGAGCAUCCGCUGGCGGACAUGCGGGAGCGGUUCUGGCGACUUGUGGUUCAGAACCGCUGUGCAAAUGUUGUCUUUUGCAAUGAUUACUCCAAGGUUGAUCAAGAUUUUCCGAAUCUACUGCCAGGAUAUGGAGGAGAAAUUACCUUUGGUAAAUACCUGGUACAAGUGUUGGCUGUUCAAGCACCAGCGAAGCAUGUUAUCAAGUACCAAGUAAAUAUCACGCCAAGUCAGUCAUGGAACGCACCUCUGAUGGUAACAGUUUACAAAAUUACUGCCUGGCCCUUUGGACAGGAGCUCCCAGAUUCCUCGACGGUGGUGGGCGAUGUGGCCAACCUGCUCUGUGAUGCUCCCUCCAUACCCGACGGGGGCCCGACCCUGUUUUGCUGUGGAGACGGUGUGACGGCGAGUGGCUUGCUCGCAGGGGCCGUGUGUGUAGUGCAGAGGCUGAGGAACAGCCGAGAGGUCGACAUAUACCGCACAGUUGUUCAGCUGAAGAGGUGCCGCCAUGAAUUUAUCACUUCCGCGACUCAGUUUGAAUUCCUGCAUUCUGUAGCUGCUCGCCACAUCGCCGCCACAAUGAUCUACGAGGAGUGCGGCUGAGCGACCUGCGACGAGAGGAGCAAGAAGAGGAAGAGAGAGAUCCAAUUCCAAUAAUGAGAUGGCGAUAAUUAAGGAAAUAAAAUAGUGAGAAAAUAGCCUAAGAU